AUGUGUACUAGAGCGCAGACGCACAGGCAAGCAGCGCACACCAUCAUGGAGGCUCCUAAUUACGGCCGCACAGGGCUGCUGACCUCCCUUCUUGGCGGUCUGCCAGUCACACGUCCCCGCUUACUGGUGCCGGGGAACCCGGCCGCGACCCGCCCGGUCAAGUGGUAUCCAUCUCUCCUCACCAUCCCCCAGCAGUUGCUUGAUGCGCUGCGCCGCGAAGACAGCGGCGAGGGUGUGGAUGAUGGCGUGUCCGGGACGACGACCUCGCUUUCUUCUGAUCCCACACUAAUCACCUACUUGCGCGUUGCCACCAUCGCCGAGAGCCUUGUGCAGUGGUGGCGCCGUUGGGCCGCAGCAGCGUCGCCGCAAAGUACUACGGCAGUGCCUGCCCCUAAAAGCCCAUCGCGCGAGCAGCUUGCUGCCCUCUAUACAGCGAUACUGCAGUGGUGUCGAGACGAUGUUGCCAGCGGUAAAACGGUACCAGCUUCAGCGCCGGCGCUUGGCUCGUCGUCGCAGAGCACCUUCUUCAUUCCCACCUACAAGCUUCUAGUGAUGAAGGACGAUAGAAAGGUGAUGGAGUACGCCAACCUCACCUGGCGCUCCGUGUGGCUGCUUGGCAAGGAACCGGAGGUGAAUGAUGUGCUGCUCGAACACCCUUCCUGCUCUAGUCAGCACGCCUCAAUGGAGAUGCGGUUUGUCUUGGCGGACGAGGCCGCUUUCAACGCGUACGUAGAGGAGAGGGUGAACGCAAUGCAGUCUGACGCACCGGAGCUGCCCUCGCCGCGAGCAGAUGUGCCGCUGUUUGCCCAGAGCAAACAGGCUCUGCGAUCCUUGUGCAGUAGCAUGUGGGCGAUGCUAGAGGAGACCCUGACCUCAGCCGGUGGAGACGCGUCUGCGGUGUGGACAGCUGAGUUGCAGCUGAUUGAUCUGGAGUCGACUAACCAUACAAAGCUGAAUGGCGAGGUGGUGUCAGCAAUGGAGGCGACGACGGUGAUUGAGUCAGAUGUGCUGGAGUUUGGAUGCUCAUCGCGUAAGUAUGUGGUGAUGCGAACUUCGUAG